UACCUCCGCACAGAGGAAGAUCACUAGUAAUGGCGGCUCGACCUGCAUGAUGGUGCAGGAGGGAUCCUGUGUUUCGGAGGCCUUUUCUGCGAGUGAACUCUUGAAAAAACGGUGGGACGUCCGCAGUUCAGUAGGGAAGGAAUUCCCCUCGACAAAACUCAUGAAGCAAUGAAUCUGGACUCGUUGUCGCUGGCCCUGUCUCAAAUCAGUUACGCUGUGGCGAAUCUGAGCAAGAAGAACUACAAGUCGAGCGUUGCGGAAAUCUCUCGUCUUGUUGAUCAACACGGGCCUGAGGCAGAUCGUCACUUGUACCGUUGCCUCUUCUCACAUGUGGAUUUCAGUGGGGAUGGUAAAAGUGGUGGAAAAGACUAUCACCAGACACAGCUGCUGAUCCAAGAGUGUGAAACCCUGAUAACCAAGCCUACCUUUGUGUCUACAUUGUGCUACGCUGUAGACUUCCCCCUCCACCAUCAAAAAAGUUUAAAGCCGUCCGUGCAGCUUUUCCCUCAGCUGACCAAGGUUCUAAAACUGAACAAAAUCCAGGAGGUUGUGUUUGGGCUUGCAUUGUUAAAUUCGUCCAUACUAGAGGUUCGAAACUACGCUGCCCAGUUUGUGAAACAGAAGCUCCCCGAUCUCCUCAGAACCUUCACAGAUCCAGAUCUGAACAGCGGUUGUGAGGAAAGUCUGAACGACAUCGCCAUCGAAGUUCUGCACCUGCUGCUUAUAAACCUACACGGACCCAAGGACAAGUUCGGCAUCGGAGCUGAGCAGAAGGAAGCUUUCAUUGCUAUCCUAAAACAAGAUUUCCCCAACGAGAGGUGUCCGGUAGUUCUGACACCUUUCCUCUACCCAGACAAGCAGGGCAUCACCAUAGAACGACUGGUUAGUCAAGCAGAGGCAAGCACUGUGCCAAGAGACAUGAUGGAGGGUUCUUUAGCUGAAAUGAUGCAAGAGGUUGGAUAUGGCUGCUGUGCCAGUGUUGAGGAGUGCAGGAACACCCUGCUACAGUUCGGAGUGCGUGAAGUAACCCCUGCUGUGGUGGCCCGGGUACUGGGAAUGAUGGCUCGCACUCACGUCGGCCUCUCAGAUAGCAUUCCACUACAGUCCCUGACCAGCCCUGGAGGGAGCAUAUGGAGUGAGGGAAAGGACAAGUCGGAGGGUGGCCAGUCCCAGUCCUGGUCUGUGGAUGUCUUCGUAGACGUGCUACAAGAUCUGGCCCCCCACCUGAACUGGCGCGAGGUGAUAUUUGAGCUGGACCACCCAGGUCUGAUCCUGAAGGACGCCCAGGGUCUGCGUCUGCUGACCUCUGCGCUAACCCGGGCCCUGGCCAAUCAGGACGUGUUUCCCAUAGACCUGCUGUAUCGCCAGUGGAAGAACACAGAGGGACAGCUGUCGUGGUUCCAAGUGGCCCUGGCUAGUCCUGAUGUAUUCUGCUUCGCUGACUACCCCUGUCACCAAGUCGUCAUCGACAUUCUCAAGUCACCGCCUGACGACGAAAACAGAGAAAUAGCCACAUGGAAGUCACUAGACUUGAUAGAAACCCUGCUGCGUCUGUCUGAGCUCGGUCACUACGACCAGGUCAAAGGUCUCUUCAACUUUCCCAUCAAGCACUGCCCAGACAUGCUGGUCCUGGGACUACUGCAGGUCAAUCCCAAUUGGCACACCCUGCGUCACGAGUUGAUCUCCACCCUGAUGCCCAUCUUCCUGGGCUCCCACCCCAACUCCGCCAUCGUCCUGCACUAUGCCUGGCACGGCCAGGGACAAAGUCCCUCCAUACGCCAGCUAGUCAUGCACUCCAUGGCUGAGUGGUACAUGAGGGGAGAGGCACACGACCAACAGAGGCUCUCCAGGAUUUUAGACGUCGCCCAGGACCUCAAGGCACUCUCCAUGCUGUUGAACGGCACUCCCUUUGCCUUCGUCAUCGACCUGGCCUGCCUGGCCUCCCGUCGAGAGUACCUCAAGCUGGACAAGUGGCUGACAGACAAGAUCCGCGAGCACGGUGAACCCUUCAUCCAGGCCUGCGUCACGUUCCUGAAACGCCGCGUCCCGCAGGUUAUGGGUGGGCCCCCUCCUGACAAGGAGCCUCCCAAGUCAGCGCAGCUCCCCCCAGAGACCAUCGGCACCAUGCUGGCCUGUCUGCAGGCCUGCGCCAACAAUGUGUCACAGGAGCUGUCCGAGACCAUCCUCACCAUGGUGGGCAACUGUAGUCAGAUACUGAACAAGGCACGGCAGCCGCCGCCCGGAGCUGCUAAUGUUUCCAUCAAGCAGCGCCCGCCUAGCGGGCUGCCUCCGACAUCAGGCCUGGACAACAUCUCUCCUGUCAUCACAUCACAGCCGCAUCUGUCCCCAGGUUGGAAGGGAGACGACCUCCCGUACGUGUCACAGAUAGACCCGCUAGCCGGGAUAUCUUCCUUAUCACUGGGUGGGAACUCUGGAACUGGUACCAUCGGACCUGGACCCCUUGCGCCUGGCAACAUCGGGGGCGGACCGAUCGGAUCGGGGACUAUCGGAUCCGGAACUAUCGGAUCAGGGGCCAUCGGGACGGGGAGUAUCGGCCCGGGUAGUAUUGGCCCGGGACCGAUCGGCGGGGGGUUCCAGUCGGCGAAUCCGCUCGCUGCGUCGUUCGCGCCGCCGCAAUCGCCGCAGAAGCAGUUCCCGGUUUCCCGUGACCAGUUUCCUCCCUUCUCCAGCUCAGGACAGACGUCCUUUUCAUCCAUGGGCAGUCUCACGUCUCAGAUGCAAGGUCUGGGAUCUGGCAGCAGCAGUGGUGGCCUGCCCUCCUCCAACCCCCUGGCGGCCGCCUUCGCCCCCCCUCCCACGUCUCAGAAGGACUCGGCCAGCCGUGACCAGUUCCCGCCCCUCUCCACGUCAGGACAGACACGAUUCUCCUCCAUGGGAGAGUUCACUUCACAGAUACAAGGACUGGGAACGACCGGCAGCCUGGGCAUGGCAGGCAUGGGGGGUGCGUUUGGACAGAAGACUGGGAGCAUCGGGAGUUCCCAACAGGCCGCACUGGCACAGCAGAAGGCUGCGAGUAGUCUGCGCCAAGACGUGUCGAACGUGUGGCCAGAGAUGAAUCAGCAGUUCUCCAAGGAGAUUGAUGACGAGGCCAACAGCUACUUCCAGCGCAUCUACAACCACCCGCCCAACCCAACCAUGUCCAUCGACGAGGUCUUAGAGAUGCUCAAGAAGUUCAGAGACUCUCCCAUCAAAAGAGAAAGGGAUGUUUUCCACUGUAUGCUGCGGAACCUGUACCAGGAGUAUCGCUACUUCCACCAGUACCCGACCAGGGAGCUACAGAUCACCGCUACUCUGUUUGGGGGACUCAUUGCUGAAGGAAUCGUCUCGUACAUGGCACUAGGCAUAGCCCUGAGGUAUGUGUUAGAGGCCCUGAGGAAGCCACAUGGAAGCAAAAUGUACUACUUCGGUAUAGCUGCUCUGGAUCGUUUCAAGACUAGAUUGAAGGACUACCCCCAGUACUGCCAACAUCUCGCUGCCAUACCACAUUUCCAGGAGUUCCCUGCACAUCUCAUUGAGUAUGUAGAGUUCGGCCAACAGUCGCGAGAACCUCCCAUAAAGAUGGCUGCCCCCUCCACCAGUCCUCCGCUGAGCCUCGGCGGUAAAACGUCGUCCACAAUGUCCACAACGUUAACAACGACCGUAACAACGACUGCCGUCAGCACGGCGUCUGGUGGUGAGUCUCCCUUCAAAGCUACAAGUAAGGUCAGCUCUACACCACCCCUCAGACCUGGGCAGAGCCCUUCUAUAGCCAAUGCGACAAACAUAGACACCCUCCUGGCAGGAAACGAUGCCCAGAACAAGAAGUUAGAACCACCAGAAGUGCUUCAGGACAAAGUGGCUUUCAUCUUCAAUAAUCUUUCCCAGUCCAACCUCAACCAGAAGACGGAAGAGUUACGUGAUGCCGUAGGUGAGGAGUACCUACCCUGGGUGUCGCAGUACCUGGUGAUGAAGAGAGCCAGCAUCGAGCCUAACUUCCACACCCUGUACUCCAACUUCAUAGACGUCCUCAAGAACCCAGAGGUCACACAGAUGGUCAUCAAGGAGACCUUCCGCAACAUCAAGGUUUUACUUCAGGCUGACAAAGGAGCUGCCAACUUCUCUGACCGCUCCCUGCUGAAGAACCUGGGACACUGGCUGGGCAUGCUGACUCUGGCCAAGAACAAGCCCAUUCUACAGAUAGACAUAGACAUCAAGUCCCUUCUACUGGAGGCCUAUCACAAAGGACACCAGGAACUCCUGUAUGUGGUUCCGUUUGUUGCCAAAGUCCUGGAGUCCUGUGCGAAGAGUAAGGUGUUCAAACCACCCAACCCCUGGACACUCGCCAUCAUGAACGUACUGUCUGAACUGCACCAGGAACCAGAUCUGAAACUCAACCUCAAGUUCGAGAUAGAAGUUCUCUGCAAGACCCUGAAUCUGGACAUUGGUGACCUGAAACCAGGAAACUACCUGAAGGACAAGGACAAGCUCUCUCAGAUCGAGGAGCAGCUAUCUGCGCCCAAGAACGACAAACCAGUGGAGGAAGUCCCACACGCCUCGUCGACCACGGGGCUGCCCUCCGUGACCUCUACUACCACCACCACCACCACAACCGCUGUGCCCACCAUCCCUCCAGAACCUAAGUUCAGCUUCCAUGAUGUCAACACCAUGACGUUUGCCGGCCUGGCUCCACAUAUCUCCAUCAGUAAUAACGUUCCCCUGUUCACGGCCCACCCCCAGCUGAAGGCCUGUGUCCGCCCUGCCAUCGAGCGCUCGGUCCAGGAGCUGGUCCAUCCUGUCGUGGAGAGGUCCAUCAAAAUAGCCAUGACAACCUGUGAACAGAUAGUCAAGAAGGACUUCGCCCUAGACCCAGAAGAGGCGCGUAUGCGAGCGGCGGCACACCACAUGGUUCGCUACAUGACCGCGGGGAUGGCGAUGAUCACAUGCCGGGAACCCCUGUAUGUCAGCAUAGACAACAACCUGAAGACCAGCUUCCUCACUACACUAAGGGGUGCUACGCAGCAGCAGAAGGAGAUGAUCGAGCAGGCUGCCAGCAUGAUCGCCCAGGAGAACGUAGAGCUGGCCUGCGCUUUCAUCCAGAAGUCUGCCGUGGAGAAGGCCAUCCCGGAGAUGGACAAGCGCCUGGCCACCGAGUUCGAGCUGCGCAAACAUGCGAGGAAUGAGGGCCGGCGCUACUGCGACCCCGUCGUGCUGACCUAUCAGGCCGAACGCAUGCCAGAACAGAUCCGGCUCAAGGUAGGGGGCGUGACAGCACAGCAGACUGCUGUGUAUGAGGAGUUCGCCCGACAGAUACCAGGGUUCCUGCCCACCAACGAGGCCAACCAGCCAAGCGGCUUCUUAGCAAAGCCAAUGCCUCCUGCCCUUUCGGCUGUUAAUCGUGACCAGGCCGCUACAGAGGAUAAAGAAGCCAGGGAUGGCAUGAAGUCCUUUGCAACAGACGAGAUCACGCAGAUCUACGACCGGAUCAUCAGCGAGCUGGAGCAACACCUGCACGCCAUCCUGGCCCCGCCCACCAACCAGCAGGUGGCCGCCAUGCACAGUCUGCUCGAGGCUGUCAUUCUCGCGCGCAACUCUCGCGAGAUCGUCACCGCGCUCGCACUGCUGCAGAAGGCUGUGGAGGGUCUGCUUGACGGUCUGACCCAGCUGCCCAGUGACCCAGAGCUGGCCCUGCGGUUCCGUGAUGCCCACCUCCUGGUGCUGAAGGGUCUACAGGAUCAGCGUGCGUACGGACCACACUGGACCAACAAACAAGUCACCAGGGUUCUGUGUGAGUGUCGAGAGGAACUUAAGUACAACCUGGAGGCCGUGAACUGCCUGGUCCGAGCUCGACUCAUCAACAUGCAGCAGUACGACACUCACUUGGCACAGAGCAUGGAGAACGGUCUGAACUUCAUGGCGGUGACGUUUGCGAUGCAGCUGGUUCGCCUGCACCUGAUCGACGAGCGGAACAGCUCGGACGUGACGGAGGCGGAUCUGUACAACACCGUGGAGAACCUGGCCCGCAUCGCCGCGCACUCCAGAAACGCUCCGGAAGGCCUUGCUGCUCUGGUGGACGUCAUUCGCCAGAACCACGACACCAUCCUGGACCGCGCCCCGGGAGGGCCCACCUCCAUGAUGCACUCUGGGAUAUCCCAGGCCCGGGAGUACGACGACCCUCCCGGUCUCCACGAGAAGUCGGAGUACCUCCUGCGGGAGUGGGUCAACAUGUACCACUCACCCGCCGCCGGACGGGACAGCUCCAAGGCCUUCCAGGUGUUCGUACAACAGAUGCACCAGCAGGGUAUCCUGAAGACCGACGACCUGAUCACGCGGUUCUUCCGGCUGUGUACGGAGAUGUGCGUGGACCUGUGCUACCGUGCGCUGAGCGAGGCCUCCCACAACCCCACCCUGCUGCGCGCCAAGUGUUUCCACACGCUGGACGCCUACGUGCGGCUCAUCGCGCUGCUGGUCAAGCACAGCGGAGACGCCACCAACACCGUCACCAAGAUCAACCUGCUCAACAAGGUUCUGGGCAUCAUUGUUGGAGUCCUGCUGCAGGACCACGAGGUUCGAGGGACGGACUUCCAGCAGCUGCCGUACCACCGCCUCUUCAUCAUGCUGCUCCUGGAGCUCAACGCACCCGAACACGUCCUCGAGUCCAUCAACUUUCAAGUCCUCACAGCCUUCUGCAACACAUUCCACAUCCUGCGCCCGUCCAAGGCGCCUGGGUUUGCCUACGCCUGGUUGGAGCUGGUGUCACACCGGGUCUUCAUCGCUCGCAUGCUGGCCCUCACAUCCAACCAGAAACUCGGAGUCAACAAGAGUGUGUCUUCAGUGCUCCAGGGUUGGGGCAUGUACGCCCAGCUGCUCAUCGAUCUGUUCAAGUUCCUGGCUCCCUUCCUGCGCAACGUGGAGCUCACCAAGCCCAUGCAGCUGCUGUACAAGGGCACCCUGCGCGUGCUGCUGGUGCUGCUGCAUGAUUUCCCAGAGUUCCUGUGUGACUACCACUACAGCUUCGUGGACGUCAUCCCGCCAAACUGCAUCCAGAUGAGGAACCUCAUUCUCAGUGCCUUCCCCCGAAACAUGCGCCUGCCAGACCCCUUCACUCCUAACCUAAAGGUGGACAUGUUGCCAGAGAUUAAUCACCCUCCCCGCAUCCUCACCAACUUUGCUGCCUUGAUUCAGCCUUCUUCCUUCAAAAAGGACCUGGACACGUACCUGAAGACGCGAGCGCCCGUGACGUUCCUGUCUGACCUGCGCAGUAACCUGCAGGUGUCAACGGAGCCGGGUCUGUGCUACAACAUCUCGCUGAUGAAUGCCCUGGUCCUGUACGUGGGCACGCAGGCCAUCACCUACAUACACACCAAGGGCAGCACGCCCUCCAUGAACACCAUCACUCACUCCGCACACAUGGACAUCUUCCAGAACCUCGCUGUCGACCUGGACACAGAAGGACGAUACCUGUUCCUGAAUGCCAUUGCGAACCAGCUGCGUUACCCCAACAGCCACACCCACUACUUCAGCUGCACUCUACUGUACCUGUUUGCCGAGGCCAACUCUGAGGCCAUCCAGGAACAAAUCACCAGGGUGCUGCUUGAACGGCUGAUUGUGAACCGGCCUCACCCGUGGGGUCUGCUCAUCACCUUCAUCGAGCUCAUCAAGAACCCAACAUUCAAGUUCUGGAACCACGACUUCGUCCACUGUGCUCCUGAAAUCGAGAAACUGUUCGAGUCGGUCGCCCGGAGCUGCAUGCAGCAGAAGCAGCCUCAACACGUCGAGGCCCACGAGUGAAGACUUCCCGAGAUCGCCUCGGACGAUUACUUAGCCGUUUCCUGAGUUAUUCCUUACCUUUAGUCGGAUGUAGUCUAUAUAGAGUGAUACGUUGUAAAGAGAUAAUGUGAGAUGAUGAUGAUGUUGUCGUUAUUAUUAGAACUUUUGUCUUCAAAUUUCGUUUGUUACGACCGAACCAGGCGAAAGUUACCCGGUAAUCAAAAUGCAGCUGCAAUGAUGGAGGAUAUGUUAAAAAAUCUUGUGCUGAAAAGUUCUAUGUUUGCUAAAAUCCCAAACGUGUAUAAAGUUCUUGACGUAAUAAACAUGCAGUGUGGAACCAGA